AUGGGGGAAGACUGGCUGCCAUGGAACCGGCCGUGGCAGGUACUUAAGCCAAUGCCCCUGGGCAUGAACAGCAAGCCCCGGUUUCGGUUUCAGAGUCGGCUGCCAUCUCGGUGUUUUGCAAAGCAAAAGCAGGAACAGAUAAAGUUUCCCACCUUCCUGGAUGGCCGGCGCUGGGUAUUUGUGAAGGAAGGGCUAGAUGAUUUCAGGAGAGGAUUCCCUCCACCUUGUAAAGGCCUAAUCACUUGUGCCAAGAAGAGUUUUCUACCCACGAUUUCUCACAAGACCUCCAGACUGGACUACAAAAAGGGUCUGACAACCUGGCCCAAGAAUGCAAACCCGUUUUCGACUUCAUUGGCCCAGCAAGACCGCAAGGUCUUUGUGGAGAACACUGAAGCACAUCUGACCCCGCAUCCCUUGGCUCUGUGGCCGCUGGAAAAAGAUAUUCCUGAACCUCUCUUCUUAGAGGUGCUGGAAGAACUAGAUCCAGACCAGAAAAUGGAGGACAAGUGGGCUUACUGUGAAAGUCGGGCUUACUAUGAAGGUCACCAAGAACUAAUUGAGCCUCAGCGGCCCACCCAGGAAGAAGAACCCACUGCUACAACUGUUUACCAGCCACCUGCCAAGUUUCCUGGGGCACGUAAAUACGGUGUGCUUCCUUCAAACAAACCCAAAAAGAGGGAAAUCAAGAGAUCCAUCCAUACUGUUUAUUAUAAAUUAGUGCCCAAAGGAGUCUCUCACUUCUGUGAAUGGGUUGAAACAUUUGGAGACAUGGGCAUUGAUGAAGACUUCAUAGUGAAACAAUUUGACCUUGGCUACCAAUGCACACCAACCUAUGAAGAUACUGCCAUCAAGAAAAUCGGCCUGAUUCCUUCUGAGUUCACAUACUGCAGGAGGCUGAGCAGAGUGAAGCAGAUCAGGUUCUCCUUACAGGAAUCAAAUUUUGAAAAGAAAAUCCUACAAGCAAAUGUUUAUGAACCCAUCAAGGAGAAGUUUAGGUAUGGAGCAUGGUACCUAAAGCCCAAGUUAUGGAAAAAGCUAGUAGAUGGCGAACCUUUGAUUGACCCCAAGGUGUUACUUGAAUACGAACUGGAAAGACUUGGUAAACCAGACAUUAUUGAUGAUCUUUAUGGAAUAAUUGCCUUUAAAGAUUUCAUUGUAAGCAAGGGCUAUAGUAUGCCAAGCAUCCUUGAAAAGCUCUUUAUGAGAAAGAGAUGGGAUUUUGAUAAAGUCAGCACUCCUAUACCAAGAGUAUUAAAAGCUCAUGAGUUGAUUAUGCAAAAAAAGGAUGAAGAUUAUGAUGAUGAAAAUGACUAA